AUGUUUGAAUUUUCAGUCAAUUGUCAUCACAACUGUGACACUGCACAACAGGAGAUUCUGUAUGGCAUAAAAAAGCAAGUGAAGCAGAUCAUGGAGGAAGCGGUUACCAGAAAGUUUGUACAUGAGGACAGCAGCCAUAUCAUCUCCUUUUGUGCUGCUGUCGAAGCCUGCGUGCUGCAUGGGCUCAAGCGCAGGGCGGCCGGCUUCCUGCGGAGCAACAAAAUAGCCGCCUUGUUCAUGAAGGUGGCGAAGACUUUCCCGUUGGCCGAGGAGCUGUGCAGGAAGGUGCAGGAGUUGGAGCAGCUAAUCGAGAGCAGAAAGACCCAAGGUACAACCCCCCAGGAGAACAUGCGCAAAUCUCAGAAGGUGCCAAAUCUGUCUGCUCAGGCACUGAAACAUCUGUGGAUUCGCACUGCCCUCUUCGAGAAAGUCCUGGACAAAAUUGUGCAGCACCUGGUGGAGAACUGUGGCAAAUACUAUGAAAAGGAGGCUCUUCUGAUGGACCCCGUGGAUGGGCCAAUAUUGGGUUCUCUGUUAGUUGGGCCCUGUGCCCUUGAGUAUACGAAGAUGAAGACGGCCGAUCAUUUCUGGACUGAUCCUUCAGCGGACGAGUUGGUUCAGAGGCAUCGCAUUCACAGCGCGCACUGUCGCCAAGACUCGCCCACCAAACGACCAGCCCUCUGUAUUCAGAAGCGACAUUCCAGUGGCAGCAUGGACGACCGGCUCACGCUUUCUGCCCGCGAUUACGUUGAGUCCUUGCACCAGAAUUCCCGAGCGACAUUACUAUACGGCAAAAACAAUGUCUUGGUGCAGCCAAAAGAUGAUAUGGAACCCAUUCCAGGAUACCUUUCACUCCAUCAAACAGGAGACACAAUGACAUUAAAAUGGACACCCAACCAGCUGAUGAACGGGUCUGUGGGAGACUUGGAUUAUGAGAAAAGUAUAUACUGGGACUAUGCCAUGACCAUCCGCCUGGUGGAAAUCGUUUACCUGCACUGCCAUCAACAGAUCGACAGUGGCGGGACGGUGGUCCUGGUGAGUCAGGAUGGGAUCCAGAGACCCCCACUCCGCUUUCCGAAAGGAGGACAUCUGCUGGCGUUCCUGUCGUGCCUGGAGAACGGCCUCCUGCCUCGUGGACAGCUGGAUCCUCCUUUAUGGUCACAGAGAGGGAAGGGCAAGGUUUUCCCAAAGCUGCGAAAACGAAGCCCUCCGGGAUCUGCGGAAUCCAGCUCGGACAAGGAGGAUGAAGAGGCCACUGACUACGUUUUCAGAAUAAUCUUCCCAGGCACUAACUCUGAGUUUGUUCCCCAAGAUCUGAUGGACGUCCAGGGGGGUGGAAUCCCCCUCAUGUGGCAGCCAAACGUACGCAAAUCCUCCUGCUCCUCGUGCUCGCAGAGUGGGUCGUCUGAUGGAGGGCCUUCCAACGGUUGUAACCAUGAGAGGGCACCUCUGAAGAUGUUGUGUGACAACAUGAAGUACCAGAUCCUGUCCAGGGCAUUCUAUGGAUGGCUUGCCUACUGCAGACACCUGUCCACCGUAAGGACCCACCUCUCCGCCCUUGUCAACCACACCAUCAUCUGUCCAGCCGCGCCGUCUAACGCGGGCUGCGGCCUCACGAGAGAGGUUUGGCAAACCUUCCUGCAAGACAAAAUGAGCUACGACGAACAGGAACUCUUGCGGCUCAUUUACUACGGAGGAAUUGAGAUGGAGAUUCGGAGGGAGGUGUGGCCAUUUCUCCUGGGACAUUAUCAGUUUGGGAUGACCAAGGUGGAGAGGAACGAGGUGGACGAUCAAAUUCGGACCUGCUACGAGCAGACCAUGGGCGAGUGGAUGGCCUGUGAAGCGGUCGUCCGUCAGCGGGAGAGAGAGUCCCACGCAGCAGCUUUGGCCAAGUGCUCGUCCGCAGUCAGCCUGGAUGCUCAGAUGCAACGGAUGCUGCAUCGGGAUUCGACAGUGAGCAACGAGUCUUCCCAGAGUUGUGGCUCAGACAGUCAGAACCAUUUGCGUCUGCAGAGCGAUUCAAGCACAAGUACGCAGGUGUUUGAGUCUGUGGAAGAGGCUGAGGGUGAACAAAUGGAGAAAGAAAUGGGGACCGACAGUGAUAAACAGGCAGUGCCCAUUCCAAACGGCGCCGUGCCGAAUGGCACCUCCUCGCCAGACUCUGGACAUCCAUCCUCUCGCAAUUUCUCUACAACGUCUGGCUACUCAGAGCGCAGCUUCAGCACCGAGGAGGUGAUACAGUGCAGCCAGCAAACUGUGGCACAAAGACGGGGAAGCGGGGUGAACAAAGCAGAGGAAGGAUUUCCUCCCCAAGAGGAAAAUAUACCUCCCCAGGAGCAGCUACUGGAAGUAAUUCCUACAGCAGGUAGAUCCAAAGAAGCACUCCCUGUGGCAGAUGGACCUGCAAAAGUAGUUCCUGUGACGUUAGAAUCAGAAGAAGUAGUUCCUGUGGCAAGUAGAUCUGUCGUAGUAGUUCCUGUGGCGGAUGGCUCUGAAGAAGAAGUUCCUGUGGUGGAAGGAUCAAAAGUAGUUCCUGUGGCAGAAGAAUCAAAAGUGGUUCCUAUGGUGAAAGGAUCAGAAGUAGUUCCUGUGGCAGAAGGAUCAGAAGUAGUUCCUGUGGUAGAAGGAUCAAAAGUGGUUCCUGCAGUGAAAGGAUCAGAAAUGGUUCCUAUGGCAGAAGGAUCAGAAGUAGUUCCUAUGGCGGAAGGAUCAGAAGUAGUUCCUGUGGCAGAAAGAUCAAAAGUGGUUCCUGCAGUGAAAGGAUCAGAAGUAGUUCCUGUGGCAGAAGGAUCAAAAGUGGUUCCUGCAGUGAAAAGAUCAGAAGUAGUUCCUGUGGCAGAAGGAUUAGAAGUAGUUCCUAUGGUGGAACGAUCAGAAGUAGUUCCUGUGGCGGAAGGAUCAGCAGUAGUUCCUGUGGCAGAAGGAUCAGCAGUAGUUCCUGUGACAGAUGAAUCAGAUCCUGAACAUGAGGAGUCGAAAGACAACCUUCCUCAGUUUAAAAUGGAAGACAAUAUGACUGAGCAGGAGCUGGUUGGACGAGAAGCAGCACUCCCUAUUGGACCAGAAAUGGAAGGCUUUUAUCAGCAGUUGAGCAUGGCUGAGAGCCAUGCUCAUGUAGCUUCUCCAGCCUCCUCCACUGGAGUGAUGUACACUCAAGAAUUGCUGGACAUGUACACCAUCAAUUUGCACAGGAUAGAGAAGGAUGUUCAACGCUGUGACCGUAACUAUUGGUACUUCACGCCCGCUAACCUGGAGAAACUACGCAACGUUAUGUGCAGUUAUAUCUGGCAGCACCUAGAGAUUGGUUAUGUGCAAGGAAUGUGUGACCUCCUGGCCCCCCUGCUGGUUGUCCUGGACGAUGAGGCCAUGGCGUUCAGCUGCUUCACCCAGCUGAUGAAGAGGAUGAACCAGAACUUUCCGCACGGAGGGGCCAUGGACACUCACUUUGCCAACAUGCGUUCUCUCAUCCAGAUCCUGGAUUCAGAAUUAUUCGAGUUAAUGCACCAGAAUGGGGACUACACCCACUUCUACUUCUGCUAUCGCUGGUUUCUGCUCGACUUCAAGCGAGAGUUAGUCUACGGUGACGUGUUUUCGGUCUGGGAAACUAUUUGGGCAGCAAAGUACACCUCGUCGGCUCACUUUGUGCUCUUCAUUGCGCUGUCGUUGGUGGAGCUUUACCGAGACAUCAUCCUGGAAAAUAACAUGGACUUCACGGACAUCAUCAAAUUCUUUAACGAAAUGGCCGAGCAUCACGAUGCGCAGCAGGUGCUGAAGCUGGCGCGUGACCUCGUUUACAAAGUGCAGACGCUGAUCGAAAAUAAAUGA